GAGCUUUAUAUGGAUUAUCUCAAUCCCUACAUCAGCCCCAUUAAAUAAGGGAGGGGUAGUAGUACUGUCAUUUCAUAGAUGGGGAAACCGAGGCCCAGAAAGGAUAAAUGAAUUGCCCAGGGCCACAUGCCAGCCAGUGGUGGAGCAGGAUCCUAGCACGGAUUGUCUUUGUCUCAUUCCCACCUCCCCGCUCUCUGGCAGGCUGCCCCUGGUGGGAACUGUGCCUGGCUCAUCUGCACAUCGCUUGGGGUCCAGUGUGCCGUCCCAACACCAGCAGGAUCUUGGUCGAGGUUUGCUAAAUUUUACUGACUUUCUGUUUUCUCUUCCAGCUGCCAAGGGGCCAAGGGAUGAGCGGGGGCCCUCCUUCCCAAUGGCAUCUCCCCCUGGUCUGGAACUGAAGACACUGAGCAGCGGUCCCCAGACCCCAAGGAGACCAGCUCCUCUAGGCCUCGUGGCCCCAUCCAGGCAGGGUGUGGAGAACGCCUGCUUCUCCUCGGAGGAGCAUGAGACCCAUUUCCAGAACCCUGGGGACAUCAGACUCGGCAGCUCCCCCAGCCCUCCCGGGGGCGUACCCUCAAGGCCCCGAUCCCAGCGGGAUGACCUGUCCCUGCAUUCAGAAGAAGGGCCAGGCCUGGAGCCCGUGAGCCGCCCGGUGGAUUAUGGCUUUGCUUCUGCUCUGGUUUUCCUGGUGAGUGGGAUCCUCCUGGUGGUGACAGCGUAUGCCAUUCCCCGCGAGGCCCAUGUCAACCCGGACUCGGUGACAGCGCGGGAGAUGGAACGACUAGAGAUGUACUACGCCCGCCUGGGCUCCCACCUGGACAAGUGCAUUAUCGCGGGCCUGGGGCUGCUCACAGUGGGCGGCAUGCUCUUGUCCGUGCUGCUGAUGAUCUCCCUGUGCAAGGGCGAGCUCUACCGCCGGCCGACCUUCGUCCCCUACAGGGGCUCCAGGAAGACCUAUGGCUCCAUUAACCUGCGCAUGAGACAGCUCAGUGGGGAUGGGGGCCAGGGCCUGGUGGAAAACGAAGUUGUCCAGGUCUCAGAGACCAGCCGCCCCCUCCAGGGGUCUUAAUUAGGAGCUUCCAUGAUCUGAAACCCAAGGCUACAAGCCCCCCAAGGCCUUGGGUUUUAGACUGAGCUCCACACAGAGGUCUGGGGCAG